GGGACUAGAAGGCUCUGCCCGCAAUCGACAAAACACCCUCUUCAAGACUCGCCGAACGGCUUCAAGAUGACGAAAGGUACUUCCUCGUUCGGUAAGCGUCACAGCAAGACUCACACCUCCUGCCGCCGAUGUGGUCGACGAUCAUUCCACAAGCAGAAGAAAACUUGUGCCGCAUGUGGUUACCCAGCCGCUAAGACACGCUCGUACGAAUGGGGUGAAAAGGCCAAGCGCCGUCACACCACCGGUACUGGUCGCAUGAGAUACCUCAAGACUGUCUCCCGCCGAUUCAAGAAUGGUUUCCGAGAAGGAACUGUUGCUAAACGAAAACCUUCAACUCCUGCCUCAACCUGAAUACGAUCUGUGUGUUAACUGUUGCGCGUAUGUCAACUUGUAAUCAGCUAUACUUCAUAGGCUUUUCAUUGUCAACGCUUCAUUCGGUCCCAAGAUCUGGUUUCCUCGAGCUCGUGCGUCUUGGUUGUCGGUCUCACAUUGCACGUUGUUACCAAUUAUGUCAUCACGGAUCAGAUGAGCGUCGACCUAUGCGUUUUGCUACCCAAAAUAGUUUCUCAGUGGCCAAUAUGCAAACCUUCCUUUCAGUGAC